AUGUAUCUGAACAGGAAGAGGAAGAGGAGGACUGCUUGGGCCCCCUGCCCCUGCCCCUGUCCCCGGCGGGGUCUGCCCCCGCUGCUGGCGGCGCUGGUCCUGGCGUUGCUCUCCUCCGCCGCCUCCGCCGCCCCUGCCGGGCACGAGAUCGCCUACCUGCCGGGCCUCGCCAAGCAGCCCGCCUUCAGGCAGUUCUCGGGCUACCUGGACGUCGAGAAGGACAACUCCCUGUCCACCCUCCUCUUCCUCCUCCUCCUCCUCCUCCCCUGCAGGUUCGUGGAGGCCCAGGGGGCCAACCCCUCCGAGAAGCCCCUGAUCCUCUGGCUCAACGGGGGGCCCGGCUGCAGCUCCGUCACCGGCCUCCUCACCGAGCACGGACCCUUCACGGUCCAGCCGGAUGGGGCCUCCCUGGAGUACAAUGAGUAUGCCUGGAAUAAGCUGGGGCACAUGCUGUACCUCGAGUCCCCUGUGGGGGUCGGCUAUUCCCACUCGGACAGCCAGGACUACCGGACAAACGACACAGAGGUGGCUCGCGUGAACUACCUGGCCCUGAAGGAGUUUCUCCGGCUCUACCCUGAGCACUGCAGCAAAGACCUCUACCUCACUGGGGAGAGCUAUGGGGGCAUCUACAUCCCCACCCUGGCACAGUGGGUCAUGCAGGACCCUAGCCUCAACCUGAAGGGGAUCGCGGUGGGCAACGGUCUGUCCUGCUACGAGACCAACGACAACUCCCUGGUGUACUUUGCCUAUUACCACGGCCUCCUGGGGAGCAGGCUGUGGACAGAUUUGCAGACCGCCUGCUGCUCCGACGGGAAAUGCAACUUCCACGACAACCCUAACCUGAACUGCACGCUUGCUAUGGCAGAACUGAUCCGCAUCGUGGACGAGUCUGGCCUCAACAUCUACAACCUGUACGCCCCAUGUGCAGGGGGAGUGCCUGGGAGCUACAGGUACCACGACGGGGUCCUCGUCACGCAAGACCUCGGCAACAACUUCCUCCGGCAGCCGUUUCGUUUCACCUGGAGGCAGAACUUGCUCAGGUUGCAAGCCGGCAAGCAGCGGGUGCGCCUGGACCCUCCCUGCACCAACACCAGCGCUCCUUCUGCCUACAUGAAUGCGCCCCAGGUGCGCAAGGCCCUGCACAUCGUGGACGAUGCCCCCGAGUGGGAAAUGUGCAGCUUUGCGGUCAGCCGAGGUUACAAGCGCCUGUAUCAGAAGAUGAACGACCAGUACCUGAAGCUGCUCAGCACCGCGAAAUACCGCAUCUUGCUGUACAACGGCGACGUGGACAUGGCCUGCAACUUCCUGGGGGAUGAGUGGUUUGUGGACUCCCUGCGCCAGAAGGUGGAGGUGUCUCGGCGACCCUGGAUUUAUACCGAUGAGAACGGGCAGGACCAGAUCGGGGGCUUCGUGAAGGAGUUCACCAAUAUUGCCUUUCUCACUGUCAAGGGAGCAGGACACAUGGUGCCCACCGACCAGCCCCGAGCCGCCUUCAACAUGUUUCAGCGCUUCAUCACCCGCCAGCCCUUCUAGCCGAGGCCCAGCCUGUGCUUUCCUGCUCUCCUGUUGGCGAGGGCCACGUGCUACUGGUGGGGGGCCGUGGGUGGUGCCACCUCCCGUGGCGGCCCUGCUCUCCCUUGGCCCUCCGGCCCUGCCGCCUCCUUCAAGUGUGGGUGGGUAGGGGGGACUCCCCACCUGCCUCCCUGUCCAUCCUGCCGCUGUCUGGGGCUUCCACUUUGCUCUGGUGAUUCGGAGGGAGGGGUGCCCCCUACGGAGGCCCCCUUCUUUGGGUCCCACUCCUUCCCUUUCCCCCUCCCUAUCUGCACAUUUGCACUGACCUCUGGGUGGGUGGAGACCCC